AACUCAGUAAGGAGGGCGGAGGCCAUGCAAUCCCUGUUGAACCCCGGGGACAAGCCACCCAGCAGUAGCAUCGGAGAAAACAUAAAGUUGCUCAUUGGUAGGCCGGACGGUACUUACUGCUUUCGUUUGCACAAUGACCGGGUCUAUUAUGUUAGGUUUAAUGUGGAGGCUGUCGAGGGUCGAAAGCACCAGGUAUCACCAGGCGGCGCUGCACGACAGGAUGUGCAGACGGAGCUCUACCUGGAGGAACUCGGGGACAGGGUAGAGGAGGCAGACGUGCAGUGCCAGACCGACUCAUUCCUCGUCCAUCCCGCCUCUCUGUUGUUCAUCCUCGAGAAGACGGGAGUCGAAAAACAGAUCUACGAUGGCGACCUGUUCGAAUUUGAAGUGGAGGUGACGCCGAUACUGGAGGUACUGGUGGGGAAGACCCUGGAGCAGGCAUUCCUGCAAGUGAUGGAGGAAAAGGAACUGGCGGGGAUGUGCGCGCAGCAGCAGGCUUUAGAGCUGCGCAAGGCCGAGCUCGUCGAGACGCGGAGACUAGAGGAGAAGGACAGGAGAUACAGGGAGAAGAAGGUGCGGCAAAUGCAGCAGCAGAAGGAGGUGCAGGAGUUGGAAGCCGACACGUCGCAGAGGGUGUCUGCGUGUGCCUUCACUCAGGGAUGUCUUUCAGCCCUCGUGCCCUCUGUCUUCUCCUGUCUGACCGACAGCGGAUACUUCUACGACCCCAUGGACUCGAUCAUACGUGAUUUCGUAAAAACCAGAAAGAGAGAAUUUGAGAAGCUGGAGGCUGCUAAUCUCGUUGAUGCACUGUAGAUGGCAACACUGGUGUGCAACUGUAAAUACAUGGGAGUUGUGUGGAGUGCUGGUGGUUGAAUGCCUUGUAAACCUAUGAUUGAGCUUGAAAAUACAAGUGUCUCUUCCUUUUUUUAUAUCGAAAUCGAAUAAUGAUGUCAAGGUGUUGUAAAAUGACCGUAUUUUACGUAUUCAAAGAGUAAACCAAAUAGAUGGUUUAUCUGGUUAUUCCAUCUGCCGACAACCCUGGUUGGCAGUUAUAAUUUGUCUACUAGUAACCAUCUACCCAUGUAAAUAUUACUACCCAAUAGAAUUGAUAAUCUACCCACAUUCCAUUCCAUGUAAUGUCUAGAUCACAUCUAUCCUACAAAAAGUCUAACACGUAGAAAUAGGGCUUAUAUUACUAUAAACAAGCUAGACAGCUUUUUUACACAGUUAUUACUAAGCUUCACUAGGCUGUGUUACUUUCAUGUAAACUGCUAUUACUACUGUCAUUCCCUAUUACCAGGAAUGAAUAAUGACAGACUGUCAUUAUUCGCCCGUGCUUUUGCUAAACGCAUUUAUAACAUCAUUGUUCAUGGUUAAAUCCUUAAAUUAUUUACCUUGACAGUUUCAUCUACAUAAAUUUCACUACACGCAUUCUGAAAGAUUAAGCUAAGCUUAAGGUGACAUGUGACUUCAUUUCCAUCACCCCGUGCACAGUUCUUUGAGUUCAUGUUGUUAUUUUACAACAUAUAGAAAGUUAGAAUAUUUGAUAUAUAAUAUUUGACUGCCACAUGAAGUAGAUCUCUCAUUUGUCAAACAAUGUAUCUUUCUUAAAUGCUAUCAUAUUAGAAUGAAACGAUAGUGUCAGUGGCUGGUUUGAGAUGUGUUAUAUAUUUGCUAUAUGAUAUAUACUAGCUGAAAAAUAAAACAUUGUUACUAAA